GAGCACAUAUGCCUUAUUUUGUUUAUAGUCAAAGUUCUACCAUCUCCCAUUUAAUGAUCUUCUACUUUUUGCCAAUUUUGUUUAUAUAUAAUAUUUGAGUUUUCUCUAACUUUCUUUCACAACCUUUCCAUAAUAUUUCGGUCAAACAUUAUAUUUCCUUUGUCAGUCAAACAUUUCAGUGUGCUUAAUGCGUUUCCUUUUCUCUUAUUUACAUCAGUGUACUAUUUAUAGUAAAAUUAUUGUUUCUAGAAUUAAGAACUCAUAAAAUGUCUACAAGAGUUAGGAUGCCUCUUGUAAUGGUUUUCUUACAUCUUUUGUUUUCAGCAACCCCAAUUCAUUCAGAUCAAAAUGUUGUGCCUCUCAAAACCUUCAAGAUAAGUGAAAAUGUAACAUAUGAUUGCAUUAACAUUUAUAAGCAGCCAGGACUUGAUCAUCCCUUGCUCAAAGAUCAUACAAUUCAGCUGAAACCAUCAGUUUCAAAACCUGAAUUGAAGAAUCAAACUGGCAACAAUAAAACAUAUAAGAGAAAAAUGGGAUGUCCAGAUGGAACUGUUCUUAUAUUGAGAAAUUCAAAAGAAUACAUCAACAACACAAAACUUUACACCGAGAAAUAUUUCCAUCCACUUACAGGUGAUAGUCAUGGAACACAUAUUGCCGGAGUAAGAUCACGUGAUGGUCCAUAUCGUGGUGUAGAAGGUUGGUUUAGUUUACAUAACUAUAACAUUGGAAGAGAUCAAGCUUCAUAUACUCAAAUAUAUAUAGGCAGUGGAUUGAAUAACCAAGUUAAUUUUAUCCAAGCAGGUUGGAUGAUAAACCCAAGUGUAUUUGGCGAGACUAAUCAUUGGUCAUACGGAUUUUGGAAGAGUAAAGAUGGAAAAGGAUGUUACAAUACGGCAUGUCCUGGGUUUGUUCAAAUAUCACAGGAGGUACCAAUAGCACAACCCUUGGACCAACCAGGGGAAGAUGUAUUGCAUUACUCUAUCCAUCAAGAUAAACGAACAGGAAAUUGGUGGAUUACAAAAUUGAUACCAAAAGUACCUAACAUAGAUAUUGGAUAUUGGCCAAAAGAGUUAUUUGAUCUCAUGGAUACUGGUGCAAAUAUGGUUGGAGUUGGAGGUGCAGUUCAGGCUUCUCGUCAGGGUUCAAGCCCUCUGAUGGGUAAUGGUAAAUUCCCGGAUGGAGGCACUAGAGAUUCAGCAUUGUUUGCAGAUGUUAAAGUCGUGAAUUCCAACUAUGAACAUCGUAGAAUUGAUUAUUUUCCUCUAGAGACGUUGUUAGAUAGUCCAAAAUUUUACUGGUUACGAAUUGGUAAAGUAAAAAUACUUGGUUUCUUUUUCACUUAUGGUGGUCCGGGAGGAAACUCUUGUUACAAUGUUAGUUCAUCAACUAUCGUUUACUCAGAUUAAUUUCCCAAGUUUAAAUGACUACAUAAACUGAAACCUUAAAAAAACCAAUGUUAAAUAAAAAAAAUGUAUAAAUUAACAUUGUA